AAAGGCUUUCUAAUUGCUAAUCCUUCAAUCCUGUUUUGCAGCGAGAUUCUGAGCUUUAGCAGUUUUAACCUUUCUAAUCAUGUCCGGUCGCGGGAAGCAAGGAGGCAAAGCUCGAGCUAAGGCUAAGUCGCGCUCGUCACGCGCGGGGCUGCAGUUCCCGGUGGGCAGAGUGCACCGUCUGCUGCGCAAGGGGAAUUAUGCCGAGCGGGUGGGGGCCGGCGCGCCCGUCUACAUGGCGGCCGUGCUGGAGUACCUGACCGCGGAGAUCCUGGAGCUGGCGGGGAACGCCGCCCGAGACAACAAGAAGACGCGCAUCAUCCCUCGCCACCUCCAGCUGGCCAUCCGCAACGACGAGGAGCUUAACAAGCUGCUGGGCAAGGUCACCAUCGCGCAGGGCGGCGUUUUGCCGAACAUCCAGGCCGUUCUAUUACCAAAGAAAACCGAAAGCCACAAGGCCAAAAGUAAAUAAAUGCUAACAAAGAAAACCAAAGACCAAAGGCUCUUUUUAGAGC